AUGCCACCCUCCCGCGUCUCUUCACCUCCAUCUGACCCACAACCCCUAACCGAUGGCCUCACUCCCAAGCAGCUCCAACAAUUCCAUACCGACGGCUAUGCCAUCAUCCCAGACUACCUCGACCAAUCCAGAUGCACCGCCCUCCUCUCCACCAUCAGCACCCUCCUCCACGACUUUCCGCUCAAAGACCACCCGAUGACCAAAUUCUCCACCGGCUCAUCCUCCUCCGCCCACGUUGGGGACACCUACUUCCUAACCUCAGGCGACCAGGUACGCUUCUUCUUCGAAGAAGACGCCUUCUCCAAGCACUCAGCCGUGCUGACCCGACCCAAAGAAAGAGCCAUCAACAAGAUCGGCCACGCGCUCCAUACCCACAUCCCGGCCUUCGCCGCCAUCUCCCACACCGGGCCCACCGGCCAGCUCAACGCGAAGAUAGCCUCCCAGCUCGGAUUCCACGACCCCCGCUUGCUGCAGAGCAUGGUCAUCUGCAAACAGCCGGAGAUCGGGGGCGCGGUGCCCCCGCAUCAGGACAGCACGUUUCUGUACACACGCAGGCAGGACGCGACGGCGGAGAAUGGGUGUUUGAGUUUUGCGCGCGGGAGUCAUCGGAGGACGCCUGUGAGGCGCCGGUUUGUGAGGGCGACGGAGGAGGGAGGCGGGGAAGGGACCGGGUUUGAGGAUGUGGACGUUGGCGAUGAGGAGGCGAGGUGGCCGCGGGGGUUUGAGCAUGAAAGAGAAGAGGAAGAAAAAGGGACGCAGGGGAGCGAGGCUGAGGAGGAAUUCGAGCUGGGAGAGGUGAAAGCAGGCACCUUGGUGCUGAUACAUGGGAACCUGCUGCACAAGAGCGAGAAGAAUCUAAGCCAGAAAGGCAGGAUUAUAUAUACGUUCCAUGUGAUCGAGGGAGAAGAACAGUAUGACGAGAAGAAUUGGCUGCAGAUACCGGGUGGACCGGAGGCGUUCACGAAACUCGAUGUUAGUUAA